AUGGCUGCCGCUGCAAGCACACCUGCCGUGCCGCUCGACGAGCUCGCCAAGCUCGACCUCGACCAGGAUGCGGCCAAGCCGGCCGCACAGCACGGCGGCGACGAGCCGGCCGACGCACCCGACGACGACGAUGACGGCGACGACGACGCAGACCCGGCUGGUGCUCCUGCAGACAAGAAGAAGAAGAAGAAGAAGCCCAAGAAGAAGAGCAAGAAGGCGGCCGUCAAGCAGACCGACCCGCCGACCGUGCCCGUGUCGCGCUUCUUCAAGGACGGCAACUACCCGGUCGGCGAGCUGCACGACUACGUCGGCAACAACUCGUGGAGGACGACCUCGGAGGAGAUGCGGCACAAGGACCGCCUCAUGCUCGACGAGCCGUCCGACUCGGCGUUCAACUACAACGCCGUGCGGCGCGCCGCCGAGGUGCACCGCCAGGUGCGCCAGUACGCGCGGGCCCACAUCCAGCCGGGCAUGGGCAUGACCGAGAUUGCCGACAUGAUCGAGAACGGCACGAGGGCACUCGUCGAGGAGAACGGCAUGCAGGCUGGCAUUGGGUUCCCGACGGGCCUGAGCAGGAACCACUGUGCGGCACACUACACGCCCAACGCCGGCGACACGAUCGUGCUGCAGAAGGAGGACGUCCUCAAGGUCGACUUUGGCGUGCACGUUAACGGGCGCAUCGUCGACUCGGCCUUUACGCUCAACUGGGAGCCGACGUACGACGCGCUCCUCGCGGCCGUCAAGGACGCGACCGAGACGGGCGUGCGCGAGGCCGGCAUCGACGUGCGCAUGGGCGACAUUGGGAGGGCGAUCCAGGAGGUCAUGGAGUCGUACGAGGUCGAGGUCGAGGGCAAGACCAAGCAGGUCAAGUCGAUCCGCAACCUGACGGGCCACUCGAUCAACCCGUUCGUCAUCCACGGCGGCAAGUCGGUCCCGAUCGUCGCCCCGUACGACGACGACCCGGACAACGACCAGAAGAUGGAGGAGGGCGAGUACUUUGCGAUCGAGACGUUCGGCUCGACAGGCGACGGCUACGUCCGCAACGCGGACAACUGCUCGCACUAUGCGCGGAUGGACGGCGUCAAGGCGCCCUUGCGGUUCGACUCGGCCAAGAAGCUCCUCGGCGUCAUCGACAAGCAGUUUGGCACGCUCCCCUGGUGCAAGCGGUACCUCGACCGCCUCGGCGAGAAGAACUAUGCCGUCGGCCUGCGAGAGCUCGUCCAGACGGGCAUCGUGCAGGACUACCCGCCGCUCGUCGACACGGCCGGUCCUGGCUGCCAGACGGCGCAAUACGAGCACACGAUCAUCCUGCGCCCGAACUGCAAGGAGAUCGUCACUCGCGGCGACGACUACUGAGCCUCGCGCCCUCGUCCUCUGUAGCAUUCUCUUCCUUGUCUUUCUCUCUCUCUCUCUCUCUCGUCCUCUCAUCGAGACAGAGUACUCGUCGCAACUCGCAAUUUCUAUCCGUCGCAUCCUCC